AUGCAACAGCAGCAGCAGCAACAGCAGCAGCAGCAGCGCCACACAAGUGGACGCAGCAAUGUUUUCGGAGUCUACAACUCGUAUCGUAUUAUGCGCCACAAAGCGCGGCCACGUUUAACCCCCAAGCAGAAGCUGAAGCUGAAGCAGCCGCAGCAGGAGGAGGAGGAGCAGCAGCAGCAGCAGCAGCAUUUGCCGAGUGCCUGUGCCUCGCCUCGACUGCAGUUGCGCAUACUCCACAUAUUUAUGGGCUAUUUAGGCGAGCGCGCGCAUCGUGUGGAUGCUGCAAGCGGUGUGCGGGUGCGUGGUGGCAUGCAACAAGCCAACUGGACUGGGCACAGUAAAAGCUGCCUUUAA